UGCACGUGUGUUAUAUACAAGUAAUAUAUGUAUGAAAGCAUACAUAUUUUACCAAAAGUUACUGAUAUAUUACUUUCAUUUACUUUAAAGGCAUAAAAAUGUUGCAAAUAAUAAAUUUACUUUUUUUACAUAUAAAAAUACGUUCUUUACAUUUAUGUGAUAUAAAUUCCAUACAAAUUAAUUUAAAUAUGGGUGUAGGAGUACAAUGAUCUGGAGUUCUUAAAAUACGCAUUCAAACAUUUUAUUCUUAUAGCAUGAAUGCAUGUAUAUGCAUACACUACGUACUUAUAUCUAAAAUCAUGCAUAAACAUAUAUUAUUAUACAUUAUUACACAUAACAUUCCACGAAAAAAAUUUAGCGAUCAGAUAUCGAGAAUUCGUUGUUUCUACGCAAGUUUACGCUUUUAAUUCUAUCCACGUUAGAAUUUAUGGUAAUGCGCAUGCGUUAUUACGAUUAUCGUUACAUCGAAUAUAUAUACUUAGCAGUCAAAGUGUUCUAUGUUUUUUAAUUUUGCUGUGACAAUAUAUCUCGUCAAUGAGGCGAAAUACUUUUUGUUUAAUAUUUACACAUUUUACGAAGAUAUUAAAAAAUUGAUGUAUAAUAGUUUUUUACUUUAUAUAUUUAUCACAUUAUUAUCGUCAAUUUUCAUUGUUCGAUUAUUUUUUUUUCACCAUGUAUAUGAUCAUAAUACAAGCAAACUGUAGAGAAGUAUCACGUUCGGGUAUAGGAAUCUCUCUAGGCUAGGGACAUAUAUAAAUCAUCGAUAAUAGUUUUUUUGUAUUUUCUUGUGAAACAGAGCAUAAGAGCAAGAUUAAUUUUUACAUAUCGUCGGUGAUAAUACUUCAUUUGGAAUAACAAUUGGAAUAAAAAAAAUAGGAUUCCCAAAUAUUGUAUCUUUCAUUUCCCUCGUAUAUGUGUUAUCUCUACUUCUUUGUACAACAGUUUGCACUUCAGAGAUCAAUUGUUAUUAUAUAGUUCAAAUAUUCUCUCGCAGAGUGCGUUAAUUACUAUUUCAUUCGUAAAAUAUAUUUUAUAUACUAUGCGCAGAAGCGAACAGUAGCGGAUGCAUUGCGCAUGUUCUUUUACUUGUUGGAUUGGCGGGAAAAACCUGAGAACGUAGUUGACGUAGCAAAAUGGUGUCGGAAGAGUCGUUAAUUUCGUGUUUCUGUAAUUUAGGUUGUGAUGUUCCACAUGAAUUGGUUGUUGAAAAAUGUCUUCAACUUUGUCGAACAUAUGACAUGGAGGAAGAAACAUUUGUGGAUUUAUGGGUUGCAUAUGCAGUUCCACAUUCUUUAGAUAUUAAUCCAACAAUUGAUGAUCUUAAUAAAAUGGAAAAAGAGGAACUACAAAAAAACAAGAAAGAUCUGUGUAAUAUGAAAACAACUACAACAUUUGAUACGCAAGAUAAUGUAAGAAUUAAUCAAGAAAUUACUAACAAUGUUUUGGAUAUAUAUACCACUGGAGAAUGUUCUACAUCAAAGCAGAAUAAGCGAGUAAGGAGUCCGACGGCGGAACAUGAGAAUGAUACUAAAAUUCGAGCAGUGGAUCAAGUGUUUACGCCAUCGACUUAUACUACCAACGUAAGCGUACCCAGUCGUGCACCAAGUUCAGCUAUCAGAGGCAAAGUUCUAUUGCUUUUUGGUCCAGAUGUGAAGUCUUGGAGUAAGCAAAUCCAACAGGAUAUAUCCAUUGUUAAAGCGCAUCAUUCCCAUAUACCUAAAGAUGUGGUAUACAUGUUUGAAAUGCUUUCUACACAAGCGACUGUUCUAACUAUUAACUGUUUAAAUUUUGGCGAACGACUGUGCCAUAUUUGGAACGAGACAAUGGGAUCUACCAAGCCUAAUGUACGUUAUGUGAGAAAUGUUGCAUCCAUGAGUCAAACACCGUUUAGAACGUGGGGUAAAAUAUUGACCAUGUUCGAUAAAUCGGUUGAGAGUAAAAUUGUGAUGUUGGAAGGCUGUAAAAGAUGUAAAGGCGAAAAGAACGCUCCUGUCAUGCGCUUAGAUCUUAGUGGUAUUAAAUAUUACUCGGUUUUUCCGGGUCAAAUACUGGCAGUGGAAGCUAUAAACACAAGUGGAAACACUUUAGUAGUAAAAGAAUUAUUUGUCAAGGGUCAUGCACCGUUAGCCAGUGUACCAAACUUAUUGAAAGAUUUAAGAAUAUAUGUUGCCGUUGGCCCGUUCACGGCUUCUAAUAAUUUGAACUAUCAACCAUUAUGGGAUCUUAUGGAACGUGUUUCGGAAGAAGAACCGAAUGUUUUGAUAUUGGUUGGACCUUUUAUAGAAUACACGCAUCCUGAAAUAAAAAAGUGUACUCUGAAAGAUACUUAUCAAGAAUUUUUUGAUAAAAUCUUAGCAAGAAUUACACAAUGCUUGCAGGGAAAGGAUACUCAUGUUGUAUUGGUACCUUCCAAUCGUGAUGUGCAUCAUGAUCCGGUUUAUCCAACACCAGAAUUUAUUCUAAAUACACACAGAAUCGGAUCAAAUAUGGCGAACGUUUACUCUAUGCCAGAUCCAUGUAUCAUAAGCGUGGAAGGUUUAAAAAUCGGGAUCACUUCUGUGGAUGUUCUCAGACAUCUCGGACAGCAUGAAGUAUCGAACAUGUCGGGAAUGGAUAGAGUAGGUCGUUUAGCCGAUCACGUAUUGUCUCAGGCGACGUUUUAUCCUUUACAUCCAGCUCCCUCGGGUUUGAAUUGCGAUUCGACGCUUUUGAAAAAAUAUGCUUGCUUUAAACGUCAACCGCAUAUCAUGAUUUUACCUUCUGAUAUUAAAUACUAUUGUAAACCAAUUAACGAAUCUCUCAUUUUGAAUCCUGAAAGGCUACAAAAAUACACCUAUGCUAAAUUGUAUAUACGACCGAUAGAUAAUGGCAAGUGGAAUCCAAACAAUGUAUCUUGCGAGAUCGCAAAAGUCUGAUCGUUUUAUUACGGGAAAAAAACUAUUUUAGACAUUGGAAUGUUAAAAUGAAUAUAUAUCAAUUACAGGUUUGUAGGAAAUAUUUUGUUUAACAAUGAAGUAUUUCUGUUGUGUACUCCUGGAUGGAGCUAGAUCAACGAUCCUUCUAUGUAUGUAUAUUUAAAUGUCAGAGUAUUCCUUGAUUACUGUAUCCGUAGAUUCGACGAAUCUUGCAUCGCUAGAUUCGUAGAAAACUAAUAACGUAAAUAAAAACAGAUUGUUACAUGA